AUGGAGCUGACCUACUACCUCAUUCUUCUCGGUCUCCUUGUGCCGCUGGGGAUCAUCACUUACUGGAUUGUACCGUAUUUCACAACAUACAAAGAACUUCAAGCCAUUCCUGGUCCCUUCAUCUGCAAGUUCAGUAAUAUUUGGAUAGCGCUUGGUGCAAGAAAUGGCCAGAAGUAUGCCUGGGUAGAUUGGGCGCACAGAAAGUACGGCAAAAUCGUGCGGGUUGGAUUCAAUCAUGUCUCAAUCGCUACGCCCGAGGGAUUGCACACUGUUUAUGCGCAUGGGAAUGGCUUUCUCAAAGACCACUUUUAUGAAGCUUUCAUCUCCGGUGUCCCUGGCGUAUUUAAUGUUAGAGAUCGUGUUCAACAUACGAGAAAGCGCAAGAUCAUCGCUCACGCCUUCUCGCCAGCAUCGGUGCACGCUUUCGAAACACACAUGUCAAACAAUCUUCGCCGAUGGACCAGUCAAUUAGACAAAUUGGCCGCCCAAACCCCCAAAGACACUUACUCGAAGAUGAAUAUAAUGCCCUGGUGCACCUAUAUUGCAUUUGAUAUUAUUGGCGACCUUGCUUUUGGGGCUCCUUUCGGCAUGGUCGAGCGAGGCCAGGAUUUGUGUGAGUCUCGCCUACCUGGAGAACCUGUCGUAUACGUCCCAGGUGCAGAGACGUUGAAUCGGCGUGGAGAAGUCAGCUCCACCCUCGGACUACUACCUGAUCUUAGGCCAUAUGCUAGAUACCUCCCUGACCCAUUCUUUUCUAAGGGAUUACAAUCGGUCAGAAAUCUCCAUGGUAUGGCCGUGGCAGCUGUUGAGAAGCGCCUUGCGGCAGCUCAACAGACUGAUGAGAAAAGCAGUAAAAGCCGGAAUGACAUUCUCGACAUGUUACUUCGCGCCAAAGACGCGAAUGGAAACCCCAUGCCACGCGAAGAGCUCGUAUCCGAAGCACUCACUCAACUCAUCGCCGGUAGCGAUACGGUGUCAAAUACCACCUGUGCUAUAAUCUACUACAUUCUUGCUGGUGAACGGGCAGCCCCCGGCACUAUUCUGCCUAAAUUGCUCAAAGAGCUUGACGACGCCAUCCCCGCCUCAGAGGAGAUUGCCCAGUUUUCUCAGGUUCGAGGUCUGGAGUACCUUCGACGAUGCAUUGAUGAGGCCAUGCGUCUACACUCGACGUCAUCUAUAGGAUUACCACGUAUCGUGAUGGCCGAGCAUGGUAUCCAAUACGCAGACCAUCAUUUCCCUACCGGCACCGUUCUAUCCGUCCCUAGCUUCACGAUUCACCACGAUGCGGAUGUAUGGGGCGAUGAUGUGGAGGAAUUUAAUCCCGACCGUUGGUUGCCUGAAAAUCUUACGCCGCGGCAGAAGAUUUGCUUCAAUCCGUUCUCUUAUGGACCCAGAGCUUGCGUGGGCCAGAAUGUUGCACAUAUGGAAUUAGCUCUCAUUGUGGGCACUGCGUUUCAUCGAUAUGACUUUGAGCUUCAUCAGACACAAUUGAAAUCGCAUGAAGGGUUCUCAAAGAAACCACUGGAGUGCUGGGUGGGAAUUAAACGGAGACACUAA